UCACAGAUCCUGGGAGAGGGACAGAAAACGUACAACCAAAACCUACAAGACGGUCUCUCGAUACAGCUUUCAGGGCAGUGUCUCUUGACUCUUCUGAUGCCCAACCAACAACCGAAGUUGAGGCAUCAACAGAAAUAUACAUGUUAAUGGCAUUUGGUGCCUAAUCCAGUUUGGACAUCAUUGAGUGCUGAACAAUUUAAAUAAUUUCAAUCAAAGCAAGAUAACUCUUCAUUUCAAGAUGGAAAAAAGAUCAACAUGUAUUGCAAAUGAAAGUCACAAGAAAAUUUGUAAAUUUAUAUUUCGAGGAAACAAUGUGGAGAGGGGAAUUGUUGAUGUGUUAAAACAGUCCUGUCCAGAAGAGUUAAGUUCUGUAACUUCAAGCAUGGUGUCAAAAGAAUGUAAAGAGCUGUGCAAGCGUAGUAAUGAUACUGUAUUACAGAACAGAUCAAAAGAUGGAAUAUUGAAUUUUUCUUGGGAUAAACUUCACCAAGAGUUACAAAUUAGAGCUCCACAUACACUGAAAGUUGUUUCAUCUAUUGUAACAGAUAUCCCCCAUAAUGUUGUACAAGGGAAGCCAUUUUACCAUGUUUUGAAUUCUGUAGCAAUUGCUUUGCAUGGAAGAUCUCGCGAAAUGACAGUUCUACAGUACCUCUGUGGCAUGGUAUUACUGCAUGGAGGAUGCACCCACAGGGACAUAGAAAGGCUAGCCAAAAUAGGAUUAACUGUCACUGCAGAAACACUGAGGAGGAAAAUGGUAACAUGGGAGGAACAUCUAGAUGUUGAUCUGAUCAAACUGAGGGAUGGUUGGAUUGAGGGAGAUGCAUGUAUGAAAAAGUAUCAGCUGGUUGGUGACAAUUGGGAUAAGAACAUAGUACCUUCUUUCAGAACCUCCCAACAGAAAACAAUCUCUUUACAUUUGUUCAAUAUCAUUGGUGUCCUUGAUAGGAUUCAGCCAGCAGUGGUUAAUGAUUCACAGGUACAAGACAUUUCUGAUUGUGAUGCUACAGAUUUCAUACCAUCUGUUGAGGAUCAAAAACUACUUUGUGAAGAACUAACUUUCAUAGUGGCAACAUCUAUCAUUGGAAAUAUUGAUCAGAUGACAACUUUACUUGGAGCUAUAUACCCCAAACACCUUAAACAUGAGUACAGCGAUUUUGUAGGAUUGAAAACGCAGCAGCAUGCUCUCGGUUUAUUCGACUGUAAUGAAACAAAGACCCAAGAUGUAAUAAGGAUGUUGAAGGAGAUGACCAGAAAGUAUGUUCCUAUCCGAGAUGAGGAGAUUGUUGAAGAAGUUUUCUUUGGUGGAGACAGAUUGACUGAUGAAAGAAUUCAAACAGCGCAAGAAGCUAUGGUAAACAAUGAAAAGGCAACAGACCGUUUAGAAGGCUUUAUUUCCAAGAUUGAAGAUUUUCAUAGGCUGAUGAACUUUCUUGAGGCAAUAUGGAAACUGACCUACUCCACCAACUCGGGCAAAGACAGAGGAACAGCAUAUUACUACAGAAAUCUUUUGAAUGCCCGCAAUGUAAAGAAAGACGUGAAAAAUUCCUACAGAGCAUACAAGUUCUUGUAUUACUCCAUAUUUGAUGCAAUUUGUUGUGCCCUUUUCCUGAAGGAAAUGCAAAUCAACAGUAUGGAAAGCGAGAUUCCAAUACCACUGUCAUGGAAACAAUGGAGCAAUGAUCAAAAAAUAGAAUGGAUGAAUUCCAUAGCACAACGGUUGGUUAAAAGGUGGUUCUUCGACAGUCAAAUAGAUGACCAAGAUUUGCUGAGGAAUGUUCGAGACGUGCUGUCAGAUCCAGAUCACCCCGAAAACUAUUGGACAUCAAAUGUCGUACAAGACCGUUUCAAGUGUCAUUAUUGUGAUAAGACUUAUGUCUUUAUAGGAAGUUUGAAAACUCAUGAAAAGUCUGUCCAUCAACAUGUUGAAGAGGUCCCCAGUAAAGUCAACGACACAGUAUCUGAGGAACAAGAUGAGCUACAUGACCAUAUGCUCCUUCAAUUUCGUCUCAUAGCUCUGCACAAGAAUUUGGACACAGCAGUUGACAUGGGAGAUGGAAAGCGUGCUGUCCGCUCAGCUAAAUACGAAACACCCAUUUACAACCUGACAAACAAAACAAAAUACUUGAUCGGAAGUGUUCACUUGACUGGAUUAGUAUCUGGUACAUUACCUAAACAGCAAAGUGAACGCCUUAUUGCAAAUAGGUGCAUCAAUAUCACAGGAGGAAAGAACAACAAUAUAGCAUUAGACGAAUAUGUAGAACUUCUAAACAGAGAAACUAAGGACACUUGCUCUGGUUUUCAAACAAAGGAAAGCAUUAUUGCUCAUUCAAAAGAAUUUCCACAUCUUAUAGAUGCUGUGAAACACUUCGAUAGCAUAUGCGAAAUUCGUCAGAGGAAAGGUUUCCAUAAAUUACCAUCAUACAAGAAUGAUGUAAAAAAGGUUGUAAAUGACUUGCUUGAAAUUAAAGCUCUAGAUAAUUUACCUGGUCGUUCCCUCAGGUGUCGUUCAUUGGUUCGUAACAGAAAUCCAUAUAAGGAAAGUUACAGGAAGCUUGUGAGCAUGAUCCACCGUCAUAAACCGUCACUUCCAUUCAGGCGAUUGCGAAACAAGAGACUGUGAUAUGCUGAGGAUUGAUAUAGUCCAGUAAAAUAUAUCAUCGACUUUACAGGCAUGUAGUUUAAUGCCAAAAUAUGCACUUUGAGAGAAGUAGUUGUAUUUAUAUUUCACAUUUGACCAUACAUUUUUACCAGAUCUUUGAUAUAGCUUAUUGAUGAUGGUAUUGUUACCACAUGCACAAAUUCUAAGUAUAACAGAUGAACCUGUUGUGAAAUGUCUUUCAUUGUGUACUGACAAUUAUUGUUAAAAAUACUAAAGAAUUAUACAUGAUCAGGAGUCUUUUGAUUAGUUUUGUCACAAUAUACUCAUUAUUGAAAUAUUAAUGAUACCAUAAAUUUAGUUGGUGUUUGAUCUAUGGUUAUGAUUAUUUACUGGUCACU